CAGACCUAAGGAUGCCACGAACACAGUCUCCAGAACCUCUACUGUCAGCUAGCUGUGUUCUCUCUGCUAGGGAGUCUACACUGAACCUAACCAUUGGACCUUUCUAAGGCAGCUUGUGAUCUGGCAUCCACCACUAGCCUUCUGGAGCAUCUUUAGCAACCAUGAUUAUCACCAUAUCUUUGAUUUGGGCAGUGGUGAUUGGUUUUUGCUGCUGUCUGUGGCUUGCUCUGGGGAUCCGCAAGAGACAACCAGGUGAGCCUCCGGUGGAGAAUGGUUUGAUCCCGUACCUCGGCUGUGCCCUCCAGUUUGGAGCCAACCCCCUGGAGUUUCUCCGGAGCCGACAGAAAAAAUACGGCCACAUCUUCACUUGCAAGAUUGCUGGAAAAUACUUUCACUUCCUGUGCGACCCUUUCUCCUACCACGCCGUCAUCCGCCAAGGCAGGCAUCUGGACUGGAAGAAGUUCCACUUCUCUACCUCGGUCAAGGCGUUCGGCCAUGACAGCAUGGACCCCAGACACGGUUACACCACAGAGAACCUCCACCAGACCUUCUUGAAGACCCUGCAGGGCGAAGCCCUCCCCUCGCUCAUCGAGACCAUGAUGGAGAACCUACAGUCAGUCAUGCUGCAAUCCGACACCCUCAGCCCCAGCAAGGACCGCUGGGACGUGGACGGCAUCUUUGCCUUCUGCUACAAGGUCAUGUUCGAGUCAGGCUACCUGACGCUCUUCGGCAAGGAUCUGGGAAACAACAAGAAUGCUGCUCGCCUGGAGGCCCAGAAGGCGUUGGUGCUUAACGCUCUAGAGAACUUCAAGGAGUUUGACAAGAUCUUCCCGGCUCUGGUGGCCGGCUUGCCCAUCCACGUGUUCAAGAGCGCCCACUCUGCCAGGGAGAACCUGGCUAAGACCAUGCUGGCCGAGAACUUAAGCAAACGCCAGAACAUAUCAGACCUGAUCUCAUUGCGCAUGCUUCUAAAUGACACGCUGUCCACCUUCAAUGACCUGAGCAAGGCCCGCACCCAUGUGGCACUGCUCUGGGCCUCACAGGCCAACACACUGCCUGCUACUUUCUGGAGCCUGCUUUACAUGAUCAGGAGUCCAGAGGCUAUGAAGGCAGCCAAUGAGGAGGUGAAAAAGAUUCUGGAGAGUUCAGGUCAGUGUGUCGACCACAGCAAACCACAACUCACUCUCUCCCGGGAGGACCUGGACAACAUGCCUGUAAUAGACAGCAUCAUUAAGGAGGCCAUGCGUCUGUCAAGUGCGUCAAUGAACGUCCGAGUGGCUAAAGAGGACUUCCUGCUUCACCUUGACAACCAGGAGUCGUACCGCAUCCGCAAAGAUGAUGUCAUUGCCCUCUACCCCCAGAUGCUCCACUUUGACCCCGAAAUUUACGAGGACCCCUUGACCUACAAAUACGACAGAUAUUUGGAUGACAGUGGCCAAGAAAAGACGACGUUCUACAGGGAGGGGCGCAAACUGCGGUACUAUUACAUGCCUUUCGGCUCUGGGGUGACCAAGUGCCCCGGGCGCUUCUUCGCAGUGCACGAGAUCAAGCAGUUCCUAGCGCUCGUGCUCUCCUACUUCGACAUGGAGCUCCUAGACUCAGCCGUUAAAGUGCCUCCUCUCGACCAGUCACGUGCAGGCCUGGGGAUCCUGCAACCCACCUAUGAUAUUGACUUUAGAUAUAAACUGAAAACUCAGUAAGACAGACUCCACUGAUCUACUUUCUCCAUAAUGUGAAUUGCAUAUAUUGUAUAUUUAAUAAUUUAAGCCACAAUGAUCCCACUGGGCACACACUGGUUGAAUCAACAUUGUUUCCACAUCAUUUCAAUGAAAUUACGUGGAACCAACUUGGAAUAGACAUUGAAUUGACGUCCGCACUCAGUGGGAUUUAAAUACACUGCGAUGUAUUGUUAUAAUGUAUUUUUAAAGUUGAUACAGAGAGGUUUUUGUUAGCCUCAGAAAGGUAGCAUUGGCGAAAAGGCCAUUUUAGGAAGAGUCCUGUUUCAAAAGUGACUUUGAUGGAACUCCGUAUAAAUGUUAUCAGUAAUAUUUACUGAAUCUUCCACAUAAGCAUUAUUACUGUAUCACUAUUGCCGACCGCAAUCUUUGAACUGUGAAAUCAUUCAACUUUUCAGUUGUGCUUCUGUUUGUGACCUUCACAAUCAGUAGUUGGUAAUUGCCCCCUAUUUACUGUGCUGUUGAAUGACUCUUUUUGCGCUGAUUGAAUAGUGUAAUGUACAUUCUAGUAUUCCCUAUGCUGGGAUAAAAUAAUUGUAUUAUCUGUAUUAAUGUUUACUGUGAUAUACCGUACAAAACAAGUAUAAAAAUGCAUGUGAUGUUUACUUUACAAAACCAGUAUAAAUGCAAUACAUUUCUACAA